ACAAGUGACGACCCCUCGAAGUCGGCGACAGGACAGCACCGGACCCGACCAAGAACUCCCGUCGACGAGAAUGCUCUGACCGCGAUACCCAAGAUACCUUACUAUUACCACUACUACCGUAUAGACGAAGUAAACUUAAUCACCACCAUGCCGCCGCGAAUAAACCUCCCGCCCGUGACGCGCAUCAGCCUCAUCGCCCUCGGCCUUCAGUCCGUCCUCAGCGCUGCCAUCCGAUACCGCCAGUGGACGGCGCACUCCGAGAUUGUCAUCCCAUAUCUCAACCUGAUCCCCCAGCUGUCGCUCGUCUACCCGUGGACCUUUGUGACAACCACCCUUGUCGAGAGCAACAUCUUCAACUUCAGUAUCGCAGCCUUGACCCUCUACCAUGGCGGUCGUUACCUUGAGCGCGCCUGGUCCUCGCGCGAGCUCGCAAAAUUCCUGCUCGUCAUCUCCCUGGUCCCGAACGCUCUCUGCUUUGCCACCUUGAUCCUCUUCUUCACCUUUACCAGGAACGAGCGAUGGACACUCAUGACCAUCGCCGGCACGAUCCCACUCCAGAUCUCCUUCCUCGUCGCUUUCAGCCAGCUCGUCCCCGCCCACACCGUCACCCUCUUCCGCGGCAUCCUCUCGCUCCGCGUGCCUCGUUUCCCGCUCCUCUACAUCGGCGCCGUGACGGCCCUGUGCCUCACGCCCAUGCUCACGAGCGUAUCCUUCCUACUCGCUGUCUACGGCUUCAUCACAAGCUGGACCUACCUCCGUUUCUACAAGGCCGUCUUCCCCGACCUCGACCAGUCCCAGACGAGCUCCCUCCGCGGUGACGCCAGCGAGACCUUUGCCUUUGCCGAGUUCUUCCCCGGUCCCGUCCGGCCCGUGGUCGCUGGCAUCUCCGAGAAUGUCUUCAACGUGCUGGUCGCUAUGCGCGUCUGCACGCCUUUUACCCAAGACCACAUUUCAGCCGCCCGCGGCGACAACGCCUUCUCGCAUCACAACCAUCAGCGCGGCGCGCCCGGCAGCGCAAGAGCUGAGGCCGAGCGCAGGAGGGCGCUGGCUCUCAAGGCCCUCGAUCAGCGUUUGCAUGCUGCCACGGCGGGCGCCGCCGCUCGCGCCUCGGGCAACCCAGCCCCGCCCGCUGUUCAACCCCCCGCUCCAUCGGCCACCGGCCCUACUGUCCAGACACAACCGCAGGCGAAUACACAGAAGACGAUGACGACGCAGACGGGCGAGGCGGGCUCCAGCUCCGAUAAUGACGGCAGCAGAAGCAGCGCUUAAACAUGAAAAAGAAAGGAAAGGACUACUGCAACUGUCAGUUUGAAUUGAUGCAUUUAAUAUCGGGGCGAGGGGAGACAUCAACGAGGAGAUCCUAUCAAGAUACAGCAUGGCCUACGAUAACACGAUAAUCAUUCGUGAGAACGGGCGGAGCUAGAA